AUGUCUAAUAUGGCAGAAGAGAUGCAGCCAGCGGCGCCCAAUCCCGCAGACACCUUCACAUCACAACCACCGGUUGUCGCUAGACAUGAUCACGAGUCGCGCAUAGCUCAACCUUCAACAUUCCUCCUUCCAAGAGUGAAGGUCGCCGAGAUGCAGCAAGAAAAGCCGCUGGAAGAAACGCCGCAGGAAACGCCGCAGGAAAAGCCGAUGAGUGCGCUCGACAAAGAGCAGCAAAAGGGUCUGAAAUCGAUUCGAGAUUUCCUCAAGCGCCGUACAAGUUACGAUGUUUUACCUCUUUCCUUUCGACUUAUCAUUCUAAACACCGAUUUACUUGUCAAGAAGAGCUUGACUAUUCUUCUACAAAAUGGUAUCGUUUCAGCCCCGCUAUGGGAUUCGCACACCUCAACUUUUGCUGGUCUUCUUACGACUUCGGACUAUAUAAAUGUCAUUCAAUACUACUGGCAGAAUCCGGAAGCUCUCAACCAAAUAGACCAAUUCAAGUUGAGUAGCUUAAGAGAUAUUGAAAAGGCAAUUGGCGUACUACCUCUGGAGACAGUAUCGGUACAUCCUGCACGACCUCUUUAUGACGCCUGUCGACAGAUGUUACAAACCCGCGCCCGCCGUAUUCCACUGGUUGAUGUCGAUGACGAAACCGGAAAAGAGAUGGUGGUUAGUGUAAUUACACAAUACCGCAUUUUAAAGUUUAUUAGUGUCAAUGUCGAUGAGACGGAAUUCCUAAAGAAAAGCGUUUCGGAACUCAAGCUGGGAACAUAUGGCGACUUACAAACCGCAAAUAUGGACACCCCAGUGAUCGACGUCAUACACAUGAUGGUCAAACACAGCAUUUCGAGUGUUCCCAUUGUUGAUAAAGAUUUACGAGUUCUUAACCUUUUCGAGGCUGUUGAUGUAAUCACAAUUAUCAAAGGUGGAGUAUAUGAUGGGUUGACGUUGACUGUGGGAGAGGCAUUGGCAAACAGAGCAGAAGAUUUUGCAGGGAUUUAUACAUGCAGCGAGGAAGACAGACUAAAUUCGAUCUUUGACACGAUCCGAAAAUCUAGAGUGCAUCGAUUGGUGGUCAUAGAUGAAGAGCAGCAUUUGAAGGGAGUGAUCUCUUUAUCCGAUAUUCUGCAUGGAUCAGAUGUGAGCUAUGGAUAUUUGAGAUGCUAUACAGGUAGUUAUCUCAAAUCGAUUUCAUCCUUCAAUGGAAUUCAAUCUUUGAGUCAUUUCGAUUCUUUGGUUGAGUUCAAGAAUCAAAAGCUUCUCGUUGAUUUGCACAUCCUCGCAGUCCCUCGUUGGGGUCAUCACUCAAGUGGGCUACCAAGUAAUUCAUCAUCAGCUACGUUAUCCCUCAGACGACAGCAAGAUAUCGCAACCUUAUUCGCAGAUGAAUCUAGUAUCGCUCAAAACUUACUACGAGGUCAAGGUAUCCCUAUCAGAAGAGCAUCUAUUAGAGUACUUCCAUCGGAUCCAAAUAUUUCCUUAGCUUUGACAGGGGAUGGCCCUUCGAUCGCCGACGAGCCUUCAGACGUAGUGCAGCGACCGAGGAUUCGACGUGGUCUUUGCAGCAGUAAUACCUGGACUUCCUCGAGUGCAGGGGGUGAGUCUGAAAAUGACGACUCGGAUGAUCGCACCCAUUUUAUAGAAGAAUUCAAUCGACUAGCGGAUAAGCACGGCGUACGAAAAUUUAUUCCCAGUGAAUACGAGGAUGUUCCUUGUAUUGAAGAUGGCCCUGACAAACACGGUAACUGGUUGUCCAGAAAGCUCUUCAGGCGGACUUCCUCAUCUCAGACGCCCGUCGUUAAAUCCAAGAAAGCAGAACGACGAGAUCUCAAGAAAGUGCGAAGCAUUAGCGAUUCGUUACGGCUGAAGGGCAGAAGAGACUCUCUCAGGGAUAGAGAUCUGGUAGAACUUGUUCGUUUGUGCGGAUCAAGUCUGUUAUACCUCCCAGCUGAAUAUGCUGCGAGCAGCUUAACUUUACCUACUUGUAUUCGUGCUACAGCCCAAUAUUUGAUACAACAUGCUCCUACCACCCGCGGCGUAUUUCGUAUACCAGGAUCUCAACACACAAUCGGCCUCAUUUAUGAACAUUAUUGUUCAAAAGGAGACGAAGGACAUAUUGCGGGAACAGUAAGAUGUCCGACUUUACCAGACCAUAUAGACUGCGAUGUGCAUGAUGUUGCAUCUGCGUUCAAGAGAUUUCUCUCUGGUAUCCCUGGUGGUAUUUUGGGGUCGCUUCCAUUGUUCGACGCCCUCGUCUCCAUCCAAACACAUCUUAGGGGUGAUCCAGAAAUGACACGAACUAAGCAUAGUAAGGUUCGAGCGAGACUUAUUGCUUUGUCUAUCUCGACUUUAAGGUCAACAUAUAGGCGGGAACUUAUCUGUGCAGUCCUAGGUCUACUCUGUAUGGUUGGUCGUGCAGCAGAGACAGCGCGAAGGGAAGACGAUCGGGGCAGGCCUCUUCCUACUUCAGAUCUUAUGGGCUAUAAACCAUUAGGAAUUGUUUUUGGACCCCUACUUGUGGGCGAUCUAAUGGACAACUACAAUAUUCGCUUGGCCAAUGGCCACGGGAGUUUGGUCCUCACUCCUUUGAGUCCACCAAAAACUAAGAAGGAAAGGAAAAAACAUAAAAGUGCAGAAGGUGUAACUUUCAAUAAUCUGGUUGACAAAAUCAAGGUUGCCGGCGAAAUUACAGAAAUGCUCAUCACUCAUUGGCGUGAUGUAGUUCGCCAUAUGAAGAAUCUAGAAGCCCUCACAGCCGUUGAGGGAAGCAAAAUUAUGGGUAUUCGGGGGAGGAAACCGCCCAUUUUACGUCCUUCAAUGUCAGAAUCCUUCUCCUUGCGGAGGCCUCCCGACUGGACAUAUGAGAAACCCAAUAGGAAUGCUGACAGGAAUCAAUCUCCAACGCCACCACAGCGUAGACCCUCACCUCGUUCGUGUCCAAGGCAUAGCAGCGGAGAUACUACUGAACAGCAGGCACUUGAUGACUACACGGAUCCCUUGCAGUUCGAUGCCCUAUCAGUUUCAAAACAACGAUCACGUCAAAGGUUGUCACUAGGAGAAGCUCUUAAAAGCGCAAAACCUUCAAGUGCUCUUUCCACAGCUCUGGUAAAGGAGCAUCCCGAUGAAAAUGAUUUUGAAGAUAGUAAGCUGAGUUUCAAGCAAACCCCACAAAGUGUUGGGCCAUCUUCAUCUACGAGAAAUGGAAAGGAAAACAAUCAAAAGAGUCCAGCCAUAGAACAUAAUACUGAACUUCGUGUCAAAGGUAUUGUUCGAAGGCUCGAGAGCGAGUCUAUUGAAGCUGAGGAUCUGUUACCUGUCAGAGAUCCCAAAGACUUGGGACAUGAUAAGACAUUGGACGCACAAUCAAGCCCACUAUCACUAGACGCGCAUUCGAAGAAGAUCAAAACGACUAGCUCAUCUUCUCUCCUACAUGAUAGCAAUCAAAAAUAUAUGCAGUUCUCUGCGUCAAGCCAUCAUGAUACCCCAUCAAACAGAGAAAAUCAUAUCAGAUUUGCGCCAAGCACAUCAUAUGCCCAGGAUGUCAAAGAUUUUCGAAGGCGCCAAGGCUUUACAGGCUCUGAUUACUCCAAGGGAAAUAGCCCUAAGGAUCCACUUUCUCAGGUCUCACAUGAGGAUGAUCUAGCAUCCUUAGCUGUGCUGGGACAGGCCCUGGAAUCUCCUGGUAUAUUUAUGAAGUCCAAGGUAAAGUCGAUAAAGUUUACCGAGAAAUCUGAUAACCCGACGAAACAUGAUUCAGGUAUGGAUUUCCAUGAGAAAAGAGAGGUGGAGAAACCUAGCACACCAAGCUUUUUACGUCGCCAACUAUCUCGCCAGAAUGUUUCUGAUACACCAAAAUUCGCAAAGGUUCAUGGGAAUGAUGACCGGUCUGGCAUUAAGAGCAAUGUUUCGCGAAAGACUGAUUCUGCUGUGCCUGUCAUCACAACUUUAGUGGAGCCCCAGGUUAUCCAGGCGAAAGCAAGAGCUUCUUAUGAAACGGCUUCACCUGCUACCUUGUCAAAAGUAGCCUCGAUCAGAGAAAUGUUUCGAAAGCGGAAGUCCGACAGCCGAUCAUCAAAAUCAUCCGAAGAUAACCACAAGAGUGAACCUUCUAGGCCAGUCACAGAGUAUCACACGGAACCCCAUUCGCGAAAGAUUCCCACUCCCGAGCCUACUCGAACACCCAAGAAGGUCAGUGUUAGGGCCAUGGCAGAGAAAUUCGAUACUGUGAAGGCAGCACCUCCUCUUCUAUCGUCACCAGCCCCAGCAAAAUCUUCUAUACCAGUACCUAUAGCAUCGGUCGACAAUAGAAGAGGUGAGGGUGUUGUUUCGCCUUAUACUAUUAAUCCGCCACCAUCGCCAACAAGAUCAAUUGCAUCUUUUAAAUCUGGAAAGUCUAUUCGUUCUUUCCGUAAUACGGGCUUAGCUCAGCGCUUUCAGCAAGCUCAAGAACAUCCAUCGCCCACCAAAAUGCAAGCCCCCAAGAGAGUCUUGAGAGAUUUCGUACCAGACCAUAUCCCACCACCAGUUAUAGUUGAGAAUUCUCACGAGGACUCUGUAACUUCAUUGAGACGUCCUCUUUCUACUUCCAGUUCUCUCACCGUUCCCCUGAAGCCAGUGGGUCAUCAACCACCUAUGUCAAUUAGACAAGCUGGAAUGGAUGGCGCAUAUAGUAGUAUUGGCAAUUCUGAUAUUUUGUCUUUGACAUCAUCAGAAUUUGAAGCUGCACAUAAUUUUCUACAAUCACAAUCGCAACUUGCUCACGAUACAACGCUUUCAAAGAAUACUUUGACUCGUGGUAACACAGUCUUACACUCGCAGAUAUGCAGUCUCCAACAACAGGUAUAUGAAAAAACUGAACAAGUACGGCAAUUGCAACGACGAUUUGAAAUAAGAUCCAGCUCUGAUACUGAGCAUAUCAGUUUGACGGAACAAUUGAGAGAAUCGAGAGAGGAAGUAGAGAUGUGGCGAAGAAGGGCUGAAGCAGCCGAGAGAAAGUUAGAGUUGAUGGACAUUAUUAGAGCUAGAAAUGAUUCGAGGAUGGAAGAGCAGCGAGGACUGAUCUACCAGGCUAAGGGUAUUCAAGCUGAGGAUAAUAUUGUCUCGCAUGGAAGGGGAUAUAGUGUUGACGGUGGUACGAGGAGACUAAUUUUGAGACGGAGGAUGACUGGUACGAUGAGCUCGGAAGAUAGCACCGGGAGCAAUGGUACAGUUGUUAGAGAGAGGAGUGGAAGAUACGAGGAUGGAAAGACACAGACCGAAGAGGAGAAGAUGACGAAGAAUACGAUGGCGGUUACGGGGAGAAAGGUUUCUUUUGGGAGCGUGCCCGCGGCUGGGCGGGAGGGGAGUGGGAAUGAUUAUUCGGAAUUGGAUAGGAUGAGAGAGAUUAGCGAUCGAGGGGUUGGGGAGAGGAAGGAGAGGGAGAGGUUGUAUCGGGAGGAGAUGGAGAAGAAGAAAGAGGACGGAAAAGAAAUUGAGAAGGAAGAGAAAGUGUGGGUUCAUUGGGAAAGAUGGGGACUUAGUGUUUGGUUGGUCAUCUUCAACAUCCUCUUCGCCAUCCCCGUCGCAUACCUCAUUGCCAAAUAUGCCAUUCCGGCUCCCUGGCGCUGGACGGUAUUUAUCCUCUCUCACCACGCACUACUCGCUUGUGCAUAUGAGUUCGCGAUGGAUGUGCAAGAGCGCAUGGUGGGAAUGGCGAUUAGGGAAGCGGAGGAGGAGAGGGAGUUGGAGCAGUGGGAUGAUGUGGUUGCGAAGUUGGAGGGGGUGUUGGAGGAGAGUAGGAGGAAUAGGAGGGUUAUGGAGGGGGUGGUGGAGGGGAUGGGGGCGGCGGGGGAUGAGGAGGUUACAGGAGAGGAAGAGAUGAGGAAGAGGGAUAUUGAUAUGGCGAGGAAGAGGGUAGGGGAGAAGAUUAGGGAGUUGGAGGGGUGGGAGAAGAGAGGCGUUAGGAUUGAUAGGGGACUUUUGAGGGCGCUGAAGAGGGAGAGACAUGAGUUGUUGCAUGAGACGACGUGUUUUUCGAAGGCGGAUAUGAUGGAUGAAUGGAUGGGGAAGUCGUGGAAAGAAUUGUGUGAUGCGGAGGGGGUUUUGGAGGAUUAG